AUGGAAAUAAACGCUAACUAUAUCAAUUUGGUAGACUAUCCAUUUUACGAGGACUACGGCAACCUGCCAAAUACCUAUACGGAUUUUGCAUGGUUGAUUGGAGGACAUGACAAUGCGGGAGCAGAACCAGUGCAGCAAUAUGGUUCAGCGUCUACAUUAAUUGCUGAUCAACGCACUGCAGAAGUGUGUUCAGCAACCUCUAUGCAAAGUGAUUUGCUGCAAAAUCAUCAAAUUGUUGGUUAUUCCGAGAGAAGUGGAACCUUUCAACGGCCAUAUCAUCCUUUCGAUCUAGGAUCCACUAAUCAGUCGUUGGCCCCAGACCCCAGCCAUGCGAUCUGCUGGUCGCCAGACUCCUUAAUACAAUUAACGUGCCAAAACCCUUUCAAUUAUACCCCAUCUACACCAAUAGAUAAGCCUGACGACUAUCCAACUACGAUUCACGAAAUAGAACAACGUAUAGCAGUCGAGAGAGAUGAACAAUCUCAGCAAUGUGAUUCAUACCCAAUCAGUACUAAAGGCUCGUUAGAAGGCGGGCCCUACAAUUCCGGAAGCAAUAACAUUGCUAACGCGGAUAUAAUAAAUGCUGCAUUUUUACCCGAAAUUAGUGGGUUUGCAAAAAGCGCUUAUGUUCAAGCGCCAGUGGGUACCUCGGCCGCGCAGUCAAAGAAACGUAAACGCGAUGUCGCUGGUUUUGGCGAGAGCCCAUCUUCUCUCAACUAUCCGAAACGUAAGCAAAUACACAGUAAUGUUGCUGAAGUCGAUGGCAUUAAAUUACCGGAUGGUGCUUUCAAAUGCCUCAUGUGCGACAAAGAGUGUAGUAAGAUGUAUGGUUUGAAACAGCACAUCAAUGUUGCUCAUUCGGGCGAGCGCCUGCAUCGUUGCACUUCAUGCGGUAAGCGCUUUGAUACCAGGGAAAGCUUAGAACGUCAUGGUUUACGCCAUACAAACAGCGGCAAGAUGUUUAAGUGCCAAGAAUGUCCAAAAGAUUACCAUCAAAAGAGUGAUCUAAAUCGCCACAUCAAAGAAAAGCAUACACGAGCGCCAUUAGGAUGUCAUUUAUGUACAAAAAGAUAUUCCCGAAAAGAUCAUCUACUGAAACACAUCAACACGCAUUUGAAUCCCAAACGAAGAGGAAAACCGGCCCAAAGUCACUCCUGA